GACUGCAUUGAGAUUGUGAGGAUCUGCUUUGUGACACACUCUUUUUCUGUAGCUUUGGAUUUGUAUUACGCACCAGCACCAUGUGUAAAGGGCUUGCAGACCUCCCCGCAACAUGCUUAAAAAGCGCCAAAGACAUAAAGCAUAAGAUUGGCUUUCUGCUUCAAAAGCCAGAUCCACCUCAAGAGCAGAAGGCUUUGAAGGAGAAAGAGAAGGAGAAGGCGAAGGUCACAGUGGUGAACAGAAUCCCUCCUGCUGAAACUGAGAAAUGGAAAACUUCAUUUAACAACCUGAUCAAAAAUGAUGAUGGUCGGAGGGCUUUCGCUUCCUUUUUACGGUCUGAGUACAGUCAAGAGAACAUUGAAUUUUGGGUGGCCUGUGAGGAUUUCAAGCAGACAUCAGUGGACAAGAUGAAUCUGAAAGCUAAAAUGAUAUUUGAGCGAUACGUUGAUGCCGAUUCCCCCAGUGAGGUGAAUUUGGAUUCGGCCACCAGAGAGCAGGCUAGGAAGAAUCUGGAAAGGUGUGACGCAUCGUGUUUUGAGGAGGCUCAGAGUAAGAUCUUCACCCUCAUGGAAAAGGACUCGUACAGGCGCUUCCUGAAAUCCAAACUGUUCAUGGAACUGUCUCAACCACUGACGCACAACAAACCCUGCAGUUUAGAGAAGAAAGGAAAGCAACACAUUUCUGACCACAGUCAGUGCCUGCCUAGUUAUGCCUAAUCUGACCCUAGAUGAACAAAGUGUAUAACGAACUUUGCCAUAAUGUGAUUUCCAUUCACUUUGGCUUUGUAACGCUUGUUCAUGUUUAUGAAUAAAAAAGGUUGUAAGCCAGAGCUAAUAGACAUCAUUAGAUGGUUCAGCCAUUGUGAUCGUAACACAUUUGCCUUUUAGUCAAGACCCUUGGGGCAGAACUUGUUACGCAAAAGCUAUUUCCCACUUUUAGCUUUGCAGCGAUGUUGUGACUUCUUGAGAGUACACGGUAAUCUCACGGUAAACGGAUUUUAUGCAGGCAGUGCUUUUAC